UCCCUGUGGAAAGUUUUUUUUUUAUUUGUUUCUUGUUGUCGAUUAAUUUGCAAAUAACCGGAAAAUCUUGUUCACUUUUUCCUGGGGUGGGCUUUUGUCAGACCACAAUAAUGAGACCGGAUUUCGACAGCUCUCGCGAUUCCCCAGGUGGAAUUUUUUUCCGAUUUCGAUUUCAGCAAAAAUUGACGAAGUUAUCGCCGAAAAACUGGAUUAGAGAGACCAUUUUGUUCACUUUUUCCCUCCGACAUUCAACCAUAGAGCUUCAAAAAGACCACGGCAAUCGAUUCCUCUCGAAAUUCCCCAGAUGGAAUUUUUUUCCGAUUUUCCGAAAAAAAUCUGGUUCGCGAGAUAUUCGGCAUUUUGUUUUGCCGAUGGGCGGCGAUUUGUUCCUGCCACGCACGCACACACGCACGCACACAUAGCGCUUGUGCGAGGGUGUGCCCUCGCCCAUACGCCCUACUGCGGCACUCAGCACCCGCAGCAGUCAUGGACACGAAGAAGAAACGUGGCAGACCACCAAAGCGAGGCAGGUUCAAAGGCAAAUUUCAGAGCCAUGAACCAGCUGUCGCUGCUCCCGAGCCAUUGGACGACAGCACAUCUUCUCCGAUGGAAGUCGUUGACGAACCACACGACGACCACGACGAAGCCUGGUGCGACGAAGACGCCGGUGCCGCCUCGGGUGGAAGUCAGGCCACACUGUCUUUCGGGUCCGCUGCUGCUCUCGGUGAGUCUCCAGCAGCUUGCGCCGCACUGUCUUGGGUUCGCGAGGUUGCGCCGCCUCGGCGUGCGGAGGGACCUUGUCGGCAGACUCUCAGCCGUCGCAGACAGGUUGCGCUAGGGGCUGCGAAACGUCAGAUGGCGAGCUAUAUGGCCGGCUGGCUGACGCGUGGAGCGGAGCAGCAGUCACAGCAGUCAUUACCUCAAAGUUCGGAGACGCAACGUGCGGCGGAACCACUGCUUGAAGAGGACGACAGCAGUGCGGUGCCUGCUGCUGCGUGCACCGCUGAGCCAGGCAGCGACGGCGGCCGCGAUAGCAACAGCGAUAGCUGCAGCGAAACCGACAUGCUUGUUGAAGAUGGUGUGGAUCUACCAUUGCAGGAGUGGGUCGGUGAGGGCGAGCAAGCAGAAGCGCAAGGAGCUGUGGAGGAACACUGCGACGAUGGGUACUUUUCGUGCGGAGGGUUUCUCGACGGACACGACUACCCGUCUGACCGGAGCGAUGGUUCGCUCGACAGCGACCGAGACAGCGACCAAGACAGCGACGCCGGGCGCGACGGCGACGUUGAGCCCCGGGGUAGCAGUGCAGCAGCAGCGAUGGGGAACAGGCGGGAACAGGGCGAUUGCGGGUUCGGUGGCGAUGUUGAACUUGGAGGAGCAAGCGGAGCAUCAGCUAUCGACGGCUGCAGUGCAGCCGCCAAAACCGCCGCCGCCGCCACAACCCGACAACCGGCCACCGCUGUUCGACGGAGCUCGAGGGAAACGUCCAGGAAGGAGUAUUUUCCCCCAAGACGCGCCAGCGCUGACCGCGUCGGGGGAAGUGGGUCCGGGCGGGGAGUGCGCAAGCUGCUGCGGGAUGAGGUCCAGAACCCGCUGUUGAGGUUGAAACGCGAGACUGCCAAAGCUAAGCGUGUACACCGAAAGGCGAGAGUCCGGCUAGUAGGACAGUUGUGGACGAAGCAGCAGCUUGCACGCCAAGCGAGGAGGACACGCAAGCAUUGCUCGGAGCGCAAGGAGGAGCUUGUCAGGAUAUUCCGCCAGGCGCUGGACAAAAUAGACCAGGCCGGCAACGACUACACGAGCCUGGUGGAGAAACCGGACACGAUGCUGGCGCGAGUUCGUGCUGUUCGUGUCUGUCGGGUGAUCGGGGCCGUCCGGACGUACCUUACCAUGGAGAUAAACGAGGGGGUGAAGAAGCUAGCGCACAGCCGCGCCGUCGGGGAGGCCGUGGGUGUCCACGCCCGGACCGUCCGGAAGUGGGUGACGGAUUUCUGCAAGGACGGCAAGUUCGUUGUUCCCCAUCGAGAGUACGUGAAGCGGCAGCCCUUCUGCUAUAUCGACGACGAGGAUAUCAGAGAACAGUGCCGGGAAUACGUCGACGAGCGGAUUUACCGUCGGAAGAAGGGGCAACCUCGCUUUCGGGUCGCCGACUUUCAAAGGUGGGUAAACACCGUGUGCCUUAAGGAGGAGUUCGCCGGCGGUGGGGGCAUUUGCCGCAGCACAGCGCACGUCUGGAUCGCCCAGCUCGGAUUCAGGUGGCGGCGACACGGCAAGUGCGUGUACGUCGACGGCCACAACCGACCGGACGUUGUACAAGCAAGGAGGUUGUACACGGAGAAGAUGUUCGUCAUGCGUCGCUUGAUGUCCAUCCCGGAAAAAGUCGAAACCGUGGUGAUGGUGAAGGUCCGCGACGCGCGUGAUCGGGAGAAGACGUCAACGGACGACAGACGAGACGACAACAUCACCGCUGCGGUCGCUUGUGCGGAGCCGGUGCUCUGGCCGGCAGUACGAACGAUGCCCGACGGCGGGGUGGACUUCAAGCACGUUCUCGUCUACGGCGACAAGUUCACGGAGGCAACGGGCCACGACCGCUGCUGCACCCGUGUCUCUGUCGACGCGGGCGACCUGGAGAUGACCGGUCGGGGGGGGCACUACACCCUGGUGCCUGAUCGUGAAGUGCAGGAGUGCUACAAGGCGGAGAGGGUCAAGGAAGAGGCGCUCUUCUGGCCGGCGAAGCGUGUGGUGGCUGGCAAGGAGGAGUACAAGCACGUUCGCGUCCGCGACGGAGAGCAAUUGCGCGGGAGGAACUGCAAGCGUGUGGGAGAGUUCAACUGGAUCUCUGCCGACUGCGACUGCCACGACUGCAAGCGAACCCCAUUCGUCGACUCCUCGCGGGUGCCGUUCAACCGGCGCGACUUGUCCGCAAGUGACGGGCAAGGAGACUUCUGCCUACUCCCUGAUCACGAGGUGUUGGCCCUUUACUUCCACGACGAAACGACGGCGAAGGAGAACGACGAUGGCGGCUGCCAGUGGAUGGAUGGUCAAAAAGGAGCCGCCAUCAAGAAGAAGGGGGAAGGGCGGGCCGUGCACGUGUCUGACAUCAUCGGCGUGGACAGAGGCGUUGCGGUGAUCGGGAAGGAGGCCUGGGGCAUGAUGCAGGAAGACAAGAGCGUCGGGUACGCUCCGGCGGUUGAAGUCAUCGCGCAAGGGCCCGCUACCGGGGACGGGGACGUGCCUGAGUGUUUCGUAGUCCGUCAACGCUACGAGCGAUCUGGGAUCUACUUCGGCAGGAAGGAGGGCGACGGGGAGGAUGGCCACGCCGUCAAGUUCGUACAGGAUGCGGUGGAGUUGUUGAAAGCGAUGCCAGCUGACUGCGGAGUGACCAAAACCAAGAACGACCCGCGCACCGGGGCGGUUAUCAUGACCGUGGGGCAAAACUCGGACGGGUACUGGACCAACGACAGAAUGUGCAAGCAGAUUCCGGGGUUGAUCGCCAUCCACGAGCUGACGAGUGAGCCCCACCGCCCAAUGGUGAUGGUCUUCGACAACUCCACGGGGCACGCCGCGUACGAGGAAGGCGCACUGGUGGCUAGCCACAUCCAAAAGAAGCCGGGCGGGGGGCAGGUCAUUCUUGACGAUUUCCUCGACGAUCAGGGGAACCUUGUUCACGCCACAUUUCGCGAGGGCGAUACGGUUCUUUUCGACACGCACGUCUACGCCGCAAAGACGCCCGAGCAGCUGGAGGAGGAAGAGAGGGAGGCGGCGAAAAAGGAUCCAAAAUACAAGAGGCCCAAGUUCGGCAGCAGCCUUGGAGACUUCAAAGCGGGCGAAAAAGUACGGACUACCGGCCGUACCUCAGGCCUGAUCGGCCAGGCGAAAGGCGGACAGCAGCUGCUCAUGGAGAUGGGCUUGUGGGACGUUCCUGGCCAGGCUCCCAUUCGGGUUCUCGAGUGCAAAGCGUGCAAAGAGGAAAGGAAGGCAAUAAAGGCAGCAAUAACCGCGUUCAACCGCGGCGGAGAGGCACGGCAGCAGGCGUUGGAUGAUGCUGCGCGCGAAGACCAGGACGGUGGAGGAGACGGUGCCUCGCCAGAGGAGGGGACAGAAGGCGGGGCGGCUGGCAACCGUGUCGGCAUGAGGCGUCGCUGCUGCAUUAGGAAAGUUUUUGCAGAGCUCAAGGCGUUCAAGAUGGAGCUCAACAAGAUCGAAAAGAUGUUCAAGAAAGCGGGGCACAUCUGCAUAUUCUUGGCGAAGUAUCACCCAGAGCUCAACGCCAUCGAGCGGUACUGGGGAUACGUCAAGCACCUCCUUCGCCUCUCCUGCGAGUACUCUCUCCCGCAUAUGCUUGAGAUUCUGCCAGGCGCCUUGAGUGGCGUCCCGCUGGGGUUUGUUCGCGGGUGGAGCAGGGUGACGUGGCUGUAUCUCGAGGCCUACGACGAGGGAUUGGUGGACUACCUCGAGGUCCGCGACCUCAAGAAGUGGUUGAGCCACCGUUCCCCCACGGAGAGGGGUGACUCCGUGGUUCUGGCGAGGGCAGGGGCAGGGAAGACGGAGGAGGAGAAGAAGAAAGCAGAGGAGAAGGCGCUAGCAGCCGCGCAGGAGCUGCGUACUGAGUCGAUUAAGAGGGCGAAAAAGAAUUUCAAAUCGUUCAAGCAGAAAAGGGCGCUGCUCUCGCUGUGCGAAAAGCGCGAGCUGCGCCCGCGGUCGCGGUCGCCUUUAACUUUGAAGGAAGCGUUUAGGUUGUUGGUGAGAUUCCUAGGAAAAUAAGCUGUCCGAAACGCGCAAGCGUGGACGGAGGUGUGUGUCGUGGUGUUUGUGUUUUUGUAUUUGUGGUGUUCACUUUAAUCAUAAUCAUUUUUGUGUGUUUGUGUCGUGGUGUUCGCUUUUGUAAAUCGUGUCCUGUGAGGCGAGGGUUACCCGUUCAGAGCGUGUUUGGGCUCUUACCGGACAUUUACAGUGUGAUUUGGGGGUUCCGUGAAGAGGUUAAGGGGGCCCCGUGGG